UACAGUCUGCACAUAGCUCAGGAUGUUAAAGGCAGCAGCCCUAGCUGGUUGGUUAUUCAUUAGCGAGAAGGCAAGGACAGUUGGGAUCAGGACUGGUGAAACCACAGAAACAGAUUUGAAGUUGGGUGAGAGUGACUGGCCUGGGCCAAGCUGGGAGAAUUUUUUUUACCUAGAGGGAAUACCUCUCUUGCUAACUUUUUCUUAGGACAGUGGGAAAGGUGACUGCUUUCUAUUCUCCUGUGUGCGUCUAAAUAGAGCUCUCUUAAUUGUAUUUCAUUCGUUGUUGUUGUGGGAUUGUGAAGCAGGCAGGAAGAAGAGCAGCUGCCCCCAGUCCCGACUGGCUUUUGCCCUGGGGCUGGAACUGAGGGCCAGAACCCAGAAAGCCAGGUGCUGAGUCUCUCCAGGCGAGAACAGAAUUCAGACUCUUAUGAAACCGGACUCUUCACACUCUCCAAAGUAUGGUGAGUUGGUGCUGAUCCAGUGAAUCUGCAGACGCCCAGAGCAAGAAGCCCCUUUCUCCCUCCUCCCACUGGGGCGCCAUGGGCAACAUCUGUUUGAGGCUCUGGGCAUACCUGCAGCCCUGUCUCCCUUGCUUGUCCCAAGAGGCUGACAAGUCGGUGGUGAUUGCAAACCCAGCGGCCCACUAUCCCCCUGAAGCCCCCGUGUCACAAAAACAGACUCCAGAGAGAAGCCAUGGCCACUACUUUGUGGCUCUGUUUGAUUACCAUGCCCGGACGGCAGAGGACCUAAGUUUCCAUGCAGGCGACAAACUCCAAGUCCUGGACACUUCUCAUGAGGGCUGGUGGUUGGCCAGACACUUGGAGAAAAGGGGAGAUGGCUUUGGCCAGCAACUGCAGGGCUACAUUCCUUCUAACUACGUGGCUGAGGACAGGAGCCUCCAAGCAGAGCCGUGGUUCUUUGGAGCAAUCAAAAGAACAGAUGCAGAAAAGCAACUAUUAUAUUCAGAAAACCGUACAGGUGCCUUCCUAAUCAGAGAAAGUGAAAGCCAGACAGGAGAUUUCUCCCUCUCAGUUUUAGAUGAAGGAGUUGUGAAACACUACAGAAUCAGAAGACUGGAUGAAGGGGGCUUUUUCCUUACCCGAAGACAAACUUUCUCCACACUGAAUGAAUUUGUAAACUACUACAGCAAUCAAAGUGAUGGCCUGUGUGUCAGGCUGGGUAGACCAUGCUUAAAGAUACAGGUCCCAACUCCUUUUGAUUUGUCCUAUAAAACGGCAGACCAGUGGGAGAUAGACCGCAAUUCCGUACAGCUCCUGAAGCGACUGGGAUCCGGCCAGUUCGGUGAAGUGUGGGAAGGCCUGUGGAACAAUACCACUCCAGUUGCCGUCAAAACGUUAAAACCAGGUUCAAUGGAUCCAAAUGACUUCCUGAGGGAGGCGCAGAUAAUGAAGAGCCUAAGACAUCCAAAGCUUAUCCAGCUUUAUGCUGUUUGCACUUUAGAAGAUCCAAUUUAUAUUAUUACUGAGUUGAUGAGACAUGGAAGUCUGCAGGAAUACCUACAGAAUGAUGCUGGGACAAAAAUCCAUUUGCCUCAACAGGUAGACAUGGCGGCCCAGGUUGCUUCGGGGAUGGCCUAUUUGGAGUCUCAGAACUAUAUCCACAGAGAUCUUGCUGCCAGAAAUGUCCUUGUUGGUGAACAUAAUAUCUACAAAGUAGCAGAUUUUGGACUUGCAAGAGUUUUUAAGGUAGAUAAUGAAGACAUCUAUGAAUCUAAACAUGAAAUCAAGCUGCCAGUGAAGUGGACUGCCCCUGAAGCCAUUCGUACUAAUAAAUUCAGCAUUAAGUCCGAUGUGUGGUCAUUUGGAAUCUUGCUUUAUGAAAUCAUUACUUAUGGCAAAAUGCCUUAUAGUGGUAUGACAGGUGCUCAAGUAAUCCAGAUGUUAGGUCACAACUACAGACUCCCACAACCAGCUAGUUGUCCACAGCAAUUCUAUAGUAUCAUGUUGGAGUGCUGGAAUUCAGAGCCUAAAGAAAGACCUACCUUUGAGACACUGCAUUGGAAACUUGAGGACUAUUUUGAAACAGACUCUUCAUAUUCUGAUACAAAUAACUUCAUAAGAUGAACAUUGAUGGAAGCAAAAAAAUCAAAUAAUCAGUCCAGAGACACAAUGUUAUCAGCCAAUCACAAUACCCGUUUAUCUUGACAUAUGUGGGUAAAAGGACAAAUUUGGCCAUGUAUUUCACAAAAGAUUAUAUGUAUAUUUUAUUGACUGGGAAACACUACAGAGCAGUAGAAGGUGGUUUAUCAUUUUCUCAAACUGCCUGGCAAAAUCUAACACACUUAAUGAGGUUAUUUUUCUUCUUAAAAGAUCCUUACAUUUCUAUUUAUUGUUUGAAAUGCCGAUCAAGAGAAUCAACAGAUGAUAGUCAAUUUUUACAUGGUGACUGUUGUAGCAUUUUUCUGUUUACUGAUUAGAGUGGUUAUUCAUUAUUCCUUAGAUUGCUGAAUCCCAUCAAGCUGUUAUUAUGAAGGAAUUUGAUUGCAUUGCUGCACAGCAGGACCUGUGCUUUGAGAUUUUUUCCCCCCUCUCUUUUAAAAUAUCCUGUAACUACAAUGAUGGGAAAGCCAUGUUAAAUGACUUGAUUGUACUUGAAGUAAUUGCACAUAUUUUUCUUAUGCAUAAAAAAAAUGAAGCAGCUGUUGAGAAAAAGAAUUAAAAUUGUUCUCGUUUUUUAGAAGGAAAUGAUGGAAUUUUUCUAUACCUCAGUAUGUGUCAUUUGAGAAUCAUCUGUAUUAGUUUUAAUCUCUUAAUGUUAAGAAUCAGGUUGCAAAGCUGUUGAAUUAUUAUGUACAGAAAUAUGUGACAGACACCCAAUAGCCCACAAGGUGUGAGAAGUAGGUAUUAAAGUCAUUAAGCAAAACAAGGUAAGAGUAGUAUUGCUACAGCCUUCUAAGUCAUUUUUAAAAUUGGUACCUAAGCCACUUUUAAAUAGAUCACAAGGCAAGUCAAGCUCUUUUCAGAUCUAGAGGCUAGGGAUCAUGUCUGAACUAGGUUAUAAAUAUAAACUUGACUCCUAGAUGAACGUUUUUAGCUAUCUUAAAUUUGUGUUAACCUUCGUAACAAUGUUACUGCCUUCUUAAGCAAAGGGUAUAUCAAAUUCUCUGCUGCAUUAGAAGAAUAACAAGACUUCUCCAAGUUAGUUUCAAAGUCAAAUGUAUGUUCAAAGAUGUGGUUCAUAGCAAUUAGAAUGAACAAGCCAUGAGAAAACAGAUUGUUUUGAGUGUAUUCCCUUAUUUUUCUUUGAGAAGAAUAUGUCUAUGAAUAAGCAAGAAACCAAUUUGUAAACUUUUUAAAACUCAGGGACAAGAGGUAAGGAAGGUGCCAGGUUUAAUACCAUUAACCCUCAAUAAUGUUACCCCAAACCUCCACAUGAUCCUUAUUCUCAAUGUUUAUACCAGAGUGCCAGCAGCAACUAGGGCUCUUUAUUAUCUUCUCGCUUUGCUAAAGCUAGAUGGAAAUUUCACUCUUAAUCUCCAUGAUUCUUUUUCUGUGUGGGUCACAUGUCCACUCUGGACUAAUAACACAUUUCAUAUGGAUGUUGAGUGGCUUAGAAGAACUAGGUCUGACAUUGAACAUGGGAAUGUAUUGUCUUCCCUGGAGAUUAGUUGGUGUGUUAGUUUAGCUGAAUAAAAUUAGAGAUUAAUUGCUGGAGAGAUGUCCAUAAGAAAAUCAUCUGAGAUAAACUAAUUAUUAGAAUUAAUCUAUGUGCAGAUAUAUCUGUCUGUGUGUCUAUCACCCCACACCCCCUUAUAUAUUAGGCUGGUAGGUGAGUACAUAGAGAAACUUUGCUGAAGACGUGAUACUACAAUGGGUUUGUGGAGCUAACAAUUAUAGAACCACUUAUAGAAGCAAGAAUAUCUGUAAAGUAAGAUCAAUAUUAAUAUUUUCAAUCACUUGAUGACUUAAAAGAUGACUUCAUUUAUUUAUUUAAGUUAUAUUGUCUAAUGUACUCAAGGAGUAGGUUAGUUAAAAUUUAGCAAAACUUAACAGAAAAUAGCUCCUUUCCCUGAGUUCAUGUCUUUGGGUUCAGUUCCACUUGGGCAUAGGUAGAAAUGAACCGAAACAUUCUCAUUUUAUUGUGCAAAUUCAACCACUCAAUAAUUUGUCUUUCUGUGGUAAGUAGUGAAAAUAAAUUUUUAAAUAGGAUCUGGUUUUGAAAUAUAAAAAGAAGGUUAUCCUUUCUUGUUUUAAUACCACCUGAAACUCAUUUAACUUACUGUGUCGGAUUCUUGGGGACAUUUAUGUUCAAGGUUCUGUCAAAGCAAUCUAUUAUUCUUGUUUUUACCCUGAUGGAGCAUGGGGAAAAAUAAUGGAUUCAGUUAUGAGAAGCAGUAAUAGAUUUUUUUAACUGACAUAAAUUUCUCUCCCUGUAUAGAAUAAAAGGAUCAGAGAAAGAUAAGUUGAAUUUUCUUACAGUGAGCCAGCUCUUGUUAAAUUUACCUCCCAUAAAUUGUAGCAAAGUA